AUGCCAACGAAAAGCACCGCGAUGGCACCUGAAGAUGAAGAACUUAGCCUCUCCUCUGAAGACGAUUCCUCUAGCUCUGAAGAGAGCGAAGUCAGCACCGCGGAUUCCUUAAAAGACCCCACGGAAGACCGCUGCGAUGCCUGUUGGCGGCAGUCGGCCUUUGUUGGGAUCGCAGUGCUUGGCGCUUUUGUGAUUUUCUCAAUCUUUAUCUUGAUGCUUCGACAGGAUAAUAUCCAUUUUGAAUCCACAUUCAAAGGGUAUGCGAAUGCGCUCAGGGAUGCGGCAACACUUCAGGAUAAGAGUACUCAAGAGUCGAUGGAAUUCCUGAGUGAGUCCAUCACCAUGCAAGCGGUCAAUGAAGGCUCCAAGUGGCCCUACGUUACCGCUCCCUUCUUCCAAGUCCAGGCCGAGCAUACCCGCGUCGUAUCCGGAGCUGAUUCCGUUAUCAUGUCUCCCAUUGUCUCUGAAUCGCAACGACCGACUUGGGAGCAGUACUCGGUGCUGGUGGCGGACGAAGUCUUGGCCGAGAAUAGCAACAAUUUGAACUCCUCCAUCUCCGAUUCCAUCUUUACUCUCGAAAUUGACGAAGAAACCGGAGAUCUCGUCCCCGCAGCCGUCAACGGGACUGCACCUUACAAUCCUGUCUGGCAAACUUCUCCUCUUCCAAACAACGCUUCCGCCAUCAACUUUGACAUGCUCUCCAACGACAAGCUUCUAGAGCUAUUUAACGCCAUGCACCACACCCGCACUCCCGUGGUGUCUCCCAUUAUGAGUCUCAAUCCCAUGGUCGAAGACUCGACCUACGAACAUGCGGAGAGUGCCGUAUUCUCUCCCAUCUUGGAAGACCUUAGCCAGUCCAACACUACCAAGGUUGUCGCCAAUCUAGUCUUGAUCAUGUCCUGGGAAACCUACCUACUAUUCCUCCGGGAAAAUCACAUGAACGGUGCAGAUUAUGUUCUGACAAACACGUGCGGCCAGAUCUUUAGCUUGGAAGUCAACGAAAAUGGAGAACUGGGAACCUUCGAGGUGGGCGAUCGCCACGAGGAAUUCUAUGAGGACAUGGUCGAGGUAGUGCCGGUCAUGACGUUCCUACAUACACACUUCAAUACAUCCACUGGACUGCAGGCUUGUGGCUACAACCUCCGUGUCUACCCAUCACAAGUUAUGCGUGACGAUUUCAAGUCGGGAACUGCUCCCAUUGCGGCCGGGAUUGCAGGUGGCUCUUUCGUAGUGGUCUUGGCCAUCUUGUACUUUAUGGACCGACGCAUGCAUGAAAAGCACCGACAAAUCAUCAAGUCGGUGGAAAAAUCGAAUGCUAUUAUUGCCAGCUUGUUCCCUUCCAACGUUCGUGAUCGAUUAUUUGGAGGUGGCGGUGGUGACGACGCAGCUUCGAAGAAUAGUCAUGGAUCUCGAAGCAAGAGGUCUUUUGGGUUCCGCCUGCGAACAUAUCUGACGGAAGGAGAAGAUGCCGACGGUGGUGGCGGGGAUUCCAACCCCAUUGCCGAUCUUUUCCCCGAAUGCACAGUCCUUUUCGCUGACAUUGUGGGUUUCACUGCCUGGUCGUCGAUGCGAGAACCUGCUCAAGUCUUUACUUUGCUGGAGACACUCUACAGUGCCUUCGAUGAAUUGGCAAAGGAAUUGGGAGUCUUCAAAGUUGAAACAAUUGGAGAUUGCUAUGUUGCCGUCACUGGACUGCCGGACCCGAGAGAAGACCACGCUGUCGUCAUGGCUAUUUUUGCUCGGGAAUGUUUGAAGAAGAUGCAGGUUUUGACAAAGGAUCUGGAGGUCAAACUGGGACCAGACACAGGAGAUCUUUCUAUGCGUUUCGGGCUUCACUCGGGACCUGUUACAGCUGGCGUGCUGAGAGGAGAGCGUUCUCGUUUCCAACUUUUCGGGGACACCGUCAACACUGCUGCUCGCAUUGAAAGCACAGGUCACAGAGGGAAAAUUCAUCUUUCCCAGGAAUCGGCUGAGUUGAUCAUGGCGGCCCAAAAGGCACAUUGGGUGCAACCAAGGGAAGACAAAGUGACAGCCAAAGGAAAGGGCGAACUGACAACGUACUGGUUAGGGGGAGGUGGUCCUUCGUCGUAUUCUUCUACUACGUCUUCUCGCAUGACAGGACCUGGGCAUCCUGCCGGCUUCAAUGGUGACAGCGCAAGAGCGCCCCUUCCAAAGAUCCUGCGAAAGAAGAAGCCAGAAAAGCCUGAGAUAGAAGCGAGGCGCGCAACCGACGUUCAGAAAGCCAUCGAACGAGCCAAGACAGCGGAGGAUCCAGCCAAGAAACAGCUCAACUUUGGACUGAUUGGAGAUGGCUCUCACAGUGGCUACGCCAGAAAGAUCCUGCGAAAUGCAAAUGAAACGUAUCAGGAACCGGACGAACCGAUGCAUUCCGCUGAUCCCACCCGAAUAUACACCGAUGAGGUCAAAGAAGUCAUCACGUUGCCCAAAUUCGACAGCAGAGCAGCCGGAAAGGUUGAGAACGCAGAAUCAAUUGUCUUGGGCUACGAAGUUGUCGAACAGUUGCACGACUUUGUUCGAACAAUAUCGACCCUAUAUCGUGAGAAUAGCUUCCACAACUUUGAACAUGCAUCCCAUGUCACAAUGAGCGUGGUGAAGCUACUGUCUCGCAUCGUUGCUCCGGACCUUGAGUACCCCGAGGAAAGCGUCAUCUCAAGCGAGAAGAAACGCAACCGUAUGCUAGCACUGAAGCUUCACGACCACACUUACGGUAUCACUUCCGACCCGUUGACCCAGUUCGCCGUUGUGUUUUCGGCCCUUAUACAUGACGUGGACCACACUGGGGUGCCCAACAAUCAGCUCAUCAUAGAGGAUCCAGACCUUGGCAAACGCUUUCGCAAUGAGAGUGUUGCCGAGCAGCAUUCUGUAGCUUGUUCCUGGGAUCUUCUCAUGCAACCAAAAUACAAUCAGCUGAGGAGAGCAAUCUACCGGUCCGACGCAGAGAGGGAAAGAUUCCUCCAACUCGUUAUCAACUGUGUCAUGGCUACGGAUAUCGUGAAUCCACAGCUAAAGGAGCUUCGUAAUGCGCGAUGGGACAAGGCAUUCAAGGUUGGCGCUUCGGCGGAUGAUCACGAUAUCAAUCGUAAAGCAACAAUUGUGAUGGAGCAUUUGAUCCAGGCCUCAGACGUUUCGCACACGAUGCAACACUGGCAUAUCUACAGGAAAUGGAACGAGCGUCUUUUCCGCGAGAUGUACUCAGCGUAUCGUGAGGGUCGCUCAGAGAAAAACCCUGCAGAUUUCUGGGCCAAGGGUGAAGUCGGAUUCUUUGACUUCUACAUUAUUCCACUAGCCAAGAAGUUGAAGGAGUGCGGUGUCUUUGGUGUCUCGAGUGAUGAGUACUUGCAGUAUGCCGUCAAAAACAGGAACGAAUGGGAGAUGAAGGGCGCAGAAGUUGUAGAAACGAUGGUGGAGAGCAUAGAGUUAGAAUACGACGACCAAUGA